AGAUUUUAUAUCGGCAGCAUCUAGUCAGGCGGCUGUGCUCGUCGGCAAGGAGUGCUCCAGUACACUCUCGCCUGCCGAUAGCCCGACACGCGUGCAGCAAUGUAUAAAGUAAUAGCGCUCGUAAUAUUAUGCGCGUCCACAUUUGCCGCCAAACAUCAGUGCAAUCACAGAUCGGCGUUGAUCAUACUGAAAAGGCCCACAUACGAUUUCUCAGUGAAACUAUUGGAUAGAGUUACACAAGCUAACGAUGGACACUUCGUGUACUCGCCUAUAUCGACAUGGCUCCAACUAUUGACUCUCGCCGAAGGUGCUCACGGGCAGACGCUCAAGGAAAUCUGGAAUGUAACUAAACAUCACAGGCUAAAAUGCUUCAGAAGAAAAUGGAGAGCUAUACUCAACCGGGUGGACAAAGAUCUGAAGUCGGUAUCCAAAAGAAGGGGUUUCAUGAUAAUAGAUAAGUUGAUGAACGUAAAAAAAACAUAUGUGGCCGAAGUGGAAAGGCUAAGGUCCUUGCAGGUGCUGUUAUUAGACUUCAAUUACCCUGUGACCGCGGCCGAUAUAGCUAAUAAGCAAGUGGAGAGCGCAACUAACGGCGUCAUAGCGGAUGCUUUUACACCUUACGAUUUUAACUCUACCGUACUCCUCAUGGCUGAUACAUCAUACUACAAGAGUUCGUGGAAGAUCCCAUUCAACACGGCGUAUACAAGAUCCGAGCCGUUUUAUUCAGAAUUCGGCACCAACGUCGGCGAAGUGUACAUGAUGAAUAGAUUGGAUUACUUUAAUUACACCGAAAUACCUUUAAUAGGUGCGAAAGUGUUAGAAAUGGCGUGUGGCUCUGACGGAAAGGUGUCUAUGUUAUUUUUCUUACCGACGAGCGGCUCUAUAAGAGAUCUGUUUUAUUCCCUACAAAGAGUGAGACUUAUGUCUAUAUUUAAUAAGUUUAAAUCGUCUAAUAUCACUUUGAUCUCCGUAAAAAUUCCUAGGUUUAAAAUAACUACGGAUAUCGAUAGCAUACCAGAGUUAUUGUACGACAUGGGUGUGAAGAGGGUCUUCCAUCCGGAUUUAGCUAACUUGAGAGGCAUAAGUGAUUAUAAAGUAUACGCCUCUUUAAUGGCGCAAGUGUCUGAUAUAGAAGUGAACGAGGAAGGCGUGGAGGCGACCACUAUUGCAGACUUUUUAAUAUCCAACGAAGUAACCAAGGAGUUUACAGCGAACCGACCGUUCGCCUUCUUACUGGUGGACAAGAAAACUGAAGUUAUUCUCUUUUCUGGUAUGUACUCGGUGCCGAGUAAAUAUUAGAGGGUGUGGAAAAAAAAAACACUUAGAGACUAUUGAAAUUUUAUUAACAAUUUAAAAAUAAAUUCGUAUGACUAGUAUCACAUAAACAGCCUCUUUCGAAUAACAUACGUGGUGAACUUAAAAUAUUUUAAUUAACAUGUGCGUAUUUCAAGGUGAAUAAUACAAAUAUAUGUUUUAUUUUUUACUAAAACAAUUGAAAACUACUGUUAAUGAUAUUUAUCUUGUAAGUGUAUAUAAAAGUAUAUAAUUUAAAUAAAAUUGCAUUAUUUGGGAAUCUGAGAUGUUUAAAACCCUCAGCGACAUGUUAUAUUAAUGCAAUUUUAUUUAAUCUAACAAUAAAUAUGAAAUAUCAAUUUGAAGUUCUCUAUCUUUAUAAUUUAGAAUCUAAAAAUGUACAUAUAUUUUAAUACAUCUUUAUAACAAAAACUAUACUAAUUUUUGUAAAAAGUUUCUUAUUAUAAUUUAUGUUAUACGAACAAUAGUAAACAAGUAUAAUUUGAAUGUGUGCCUAUUAACAGAACGAAGCAUUUAUUUGAUAUAUGAUCGCUGUGACUGAUUGUUAAAAUAAAAAGAGUAUUAUCA